AUGGCAUUGAAGGAAAAAGAAGGAAAACAGUCGCAAGUUUCAGAAUUGAAACCUUGGCCAUCCUACAUUGAGGAUCGUUUGAAGCUUUGGGAUAAACUUAAAGAACAAUAUAAUAAUGAACUAGCCAAUAAGAUACUGGAACCUAUAACUGUAACAUUUCCUGAUGGAAAAACCACUAACGCUAAGGCUUGGCAAUCUACACCAUAUGAUGUAGCCAAAGGCAUUAGGUUUGGAACUAAACCUAAUUUUUUUUAUCAAUAUGUAUUUUGUACAUAUAAUUAA